AUGGCGAUGCUUAGAAUCUUAUUGAGAUUGAGUUUUAUAGCAAAUUUUAUUUUCAAUAUAGCUCAAUCGAUAGAAGUUAUUAUUUAUAGAAGUAUAAAAUUCAAUAUAACAGAAAAUUUUCAAGUUAACUAUUAUUACACUAGAACUCUUCAAGAAACAAAUAACGCUCUAAAAAACUUAGACGAUCCCAAAAUUCUGUUUGAUUUUUCACCAAGUAUCAUUGAGCAUUACCAGCUAUCAUCUUUAUGUGAAGAACUUGGAGUUAUUCACUUUGUGACUGAUGGUUCUUUGGAUUAUUUUAGUAAUCUGGCAUUUUCAUUAUCAACGUCAUAUAAAAAUUAUCUCAGUUCUAUUGUGUCACUUUUAAAAUAUUUCAACUGGUCUCAAGGCCUAAUUUUUAACUCUUAUAGUUAUGAAUUUAUUGAAGAAUCUUUAUUUGCUUAUUCCUCUUCUUUUAAAAAAAUUAGGGUGAGUUCAGAUUCUAGUAUUGAAGAUGCGGUCCAAAAGAUCGCUGCUCCAUCAGGAGCUCAGUUAUAUUAUAUUUUUACAGAUAAUGACAAUUCCUUAUCAAUCCAGACAUCACUUUUGUCCACAAAAUUAAUUCAUACUGGAGAUGGAAUUUUAAUAGGAAAAGACAGUUACUUUGAAGCGAUAAUAGAAGGCGCACUAAUCAUAGCUGAAGAAGGCCAAGAAUGAUCAUAUUCUCAAGAAGAUUAUUUAUCUAAUUCAGUUUCCUUUAUCAUGUCUUUACUUCUUUCAAAAGAAAUCUCAAUUAUGACUAAUUACCAACUUGCAAAUAUUCUGCACUCAGUCUGCGAGCAUAGAUUUUGUAAAUCAAGCUUCUCAUUAGUUAACAUUUGAAAUGGAGAGAGGAUAAUUGUAGGCUCACUUAAUUCGAGUCAUAUUUCAAUAGAAAAGAAAAUAUUUUUUCCAGGAAAUUCUACAAGUAUUCCUAUUUCAACAAAGAAGGUGCUAAAUUUAAGCAUAAAUGGAGGGCCAUCAAACCCAGCUCCUUCCCCUCCUAAUUAUGAUGUCCCGCUAUAUGCUAGAGGCUCAUUUAUGGCAGUCUCUAUGAUUAAUCGAGAUUCUGAAAUUUUAGAAAAUUUUGAAUUAAACUUAUUUGAUUUUGACUGCGGAGCAACUUCUUAUAUAGAGGCUGCCUUUGAGUAGCGCUCUAAGCGCCCGAGACUUCCCGACGAAGUCUGGGCGGUGGUUUGACCAGCUGAUGUUGGUCAAACCAACAUCCAAAAUGACAAAUUCUUCUCAUACUGAAGGUUUGUCAAAUUGGAUGCUGGCUUGACCAACAUCAGCUGGUCAAACCACCGCCCAGACUUCGUCGGGAAGUCUCGGGCGCUUAGAGCGCUACUCAAAGGCAGCCUCUAUAAUGCAAUAGCUGGGGCUGCGUGCUUUACCAAAGAUAUUGAUCAUUUUGGGUUAGCCCAUAUAUCUUCUUAUUCAUCAAGUGUGGUAAUAUCUCAAUUGAAAACUUUUAAAAGCUUGAAUAUUACUAUCCCAAUCGUUGGCUCUACUUCUUCAGCUAUAAGUUUGAAUUCAACUGCCAUUUACCCAUCAUUUAUAAGAGUAGCACUUACUGAUGCGUUUUUGGCUUCAGAAAUUCCUACGUUGCUCCGAGCUUUAGGCUGGAAAAAAUGUGCAGUCCUAUACCAAAAUGAAGCAUGAGGCCAAUCGGCCUAUUCAAAAGUCAAAGAAGUCGCUGAGCAAGGGGGCGUUGAAAUUUUAAAUGACCCCGAAUAUAGGGUUAUCCCACCUGGGCUUACCAGAGAUCAGGUCGCUAGCUAUACACAUAUUUUGCAAGGGAUUCUUGAGACGAAAGCAAGACUUGUUUUAGCAUUUAUGUAUUCCAACUUAAUGAGUUAUGUAUUUGAAAAGUUUUAUGAUUUAGGCGCAAGGAAAGGCGACCUUGUUAUUGUAUCUACCCUUGCAACAGCACCAGCUGAUAUUGGUUUUAAUGACAGCUUAUUAUAUAAGCGUCUUGAAAUCGGUGUUCCUAUGAUGGUUUUCCAAGGCUCAGUUUGAGUUGGGGAGUUUGGCCAGAAAGUGUAUAAUAACCUUCAAAAGACCUAUAUGACUACCCCAAGAACUUUUGCAUGCAAUUUCUUUGACUCAGCCUGGUUUAUUGCCUCAGCUUUAGAUUGGAUGAUUAAUCGAGGACAGGACUAUACAGAUGCUUCAAAAUUAAAUAACACCAUUAGAAGCAUAGGCAUCACUGGAUGUUUAGGAAAAAUAAGAAUGGUCAAAGGAACAAAUGAUAGAGAAAUGACGACAAUGGAUAUCAGCAGUAAUGAUAUUGUGAAUGGAACAAUCCAAAUAUAUCGCGUAGGGACUUUUAGCCCCUAUGGAACUCAUUAUCUUGCUAUUAAUCAACCUGUCAUAUAUGGUGAUAAUUCAACUACAAAGCCCUCUGACUUAAGACUUAUAGAUGGAAGCUGCCCUUUUCCUGAUAAAGAUAUCAGAACUUUUUCAGAUGGUAGAAUUGUUGUAUUUGCUAUUUGUUUUGCACUUGGCACUAUUACUGCAGUCAUUACAUUUUUUAUAUGAAAAAAAUGGUGGAAUGUGAAAAUAGAAAAUUUGACUGUAAAACAAGAAAUUUCUAUCCAGGACUUUGUGGUUGGAGCUACGAUUGCGGUUGAGUUCUUUCAGUUUGCUUCAAUGGGGCCUGAUUAUAGGCCAAUAAAUACUUUUCUAGCAGAAAUUGGAGAUCUGCUUUCAUUGAAUUUGAGCAGUGCGAUUGUUUUUGAAAAUAAUCUUUACUGAAUUUUCUUUGACAUUAUACUAGCUUUAUGCUUUUUCUGGAUAGUUCUAUGUUUUAUUAUAUUAUUCAGGCUUGAUGAAAAAUUGAGCUCACUCUUCUUAUUUAGAUUUUUAGGACAAUUAGGAGAUUGAUUUAUGCCGGUUUUGGGGAAUUUAUGCUUUAUUCCUUUCGUUUCAAUUCUCUUAGAUAUCUUUGUUUGUGAUCAAUCAAUUGGAAACAAUUUUUCCGACAGUUUCUUGGCAAAAGAUUGCAAUCAAUUUUGCUGGCAAGGCAGCCACAUAAUCUACGUAAUUUUAUCUAUUCUUGCUUUACUAACUUAUGAACCUCUAGCUGUAUUUUGCAGACCACUUUGGCAGGAAUUUCAGUCCCAACUGCACGUUAAAACUUCACCAACGUUUUUGAUGGUAAAAACAGGUGUACAAAUAUCACUCAUUGUUAUGAAUAAAACAGUUAAAAGAGCCCAAGCCACUGCUCAUGGGUUUCUAUUUGUUCUUAUACUGGCUCUAUAUGAUAUUUUCAUAUUCAAGAAAUAUCCCUACAACUAUCCUCGAUUUAGUUGGUGGCAGUUUAUAAGCAUCAUUGGGGUGGCUUGGCUUUCAUUUUUAUCAACGAUGAACCUUUUGAUUGGAGACAAUGAAGCCUUUUAUUGAGUUGUUCUUGUCUUUUUGGGUUGAAUUAAUUUGUGUGGAAUCGGCUUAUAUGUGCAAUGAAAGAAGUAUCCCAGCUUGCUUUUCAGACCGAAGGGAAAUGAUCAGUCUAUUUUAUUUGAUUUUGCUUUUAGAUUUGGGAAGGCUGCGGAAAAGUCAAUUAUAAGGUUAAACUCAUCAAAAAAAAGAACUAAUCCUCCUGAAUCGCAGAGGUCUUUUGUGAUGCCAGUUCAUAAUAAAGAAAAUGGAUAA